ACAAGAUAUUAGACAACCCAACAAGAUAUAGUUAACUUUUCCCAAACCUAGUAAACCAUGGCUCUCAAAAACAUCAUUCUCUCCUUCCUCAUCCUUCUCUCCUUCCUCAUCCUCUACUUGUACACACUCACCACCACAGAACAACCCAGUUUCUUCGGGCGUUCCAGCCACUUCAGAUUCUACUGGCAAGAUGUGGUGAGUGGAGCAAACCCCACCGCCAUUCAAGUCAUUCCACCACUCCCUAAGUUCAACACAACCACUACCUUCGGUUUGGUGAGGAUGAUCGACAACGCUCUCACCUCAGGACCCGAACUGAGUUCAAACCUAGUGGGGAGAGCUCAAGGGUUCUAUGCCUCGGAGUCACAGACGGAGUUCAGUUUUCUGAUGAUUCAGAACUUUGUGUUCCUGGAAGGAGUGUACAAUGGGAGCUACAUCACCAUCAUGGGGAGGAACCCGGUUAUGCAGAAGGUGAGAGAGUUUCCGGUGGUUGGCGGCAGCGGGCUCUUCCGGUUGGCUAAGGGAUAUGCUUAGGCUAGCACCGUGGCUUAUGAUCCUAAAACUGGGGAUGCUACCGUUGAGUACAAUGUUUAUGUUUCCCAUUGUUAAUUAAUAAUUAUCGAUGAUGCUUUUGGUAGCUAGCCUCCACUGGUCACUUGUGGUCAUGCUUAGGUUUGCUUCCUAUUUAUUUUAAUUUGUCGUGUGUUUGUGGUGGUAGGUAUCACAAUUUGAAUAAUAACUUAGAGUGGUGAAACACUCCUUAACCAAUAAUAUAUGGAUGAAAAUCAUCUUUUUGUGCA